UCUCUCGCUUCCUCUCCGCCCCGGCUCUUUUCCCUCCCGAGCGAUGCUUAGCGGCGCUGCCGCCCUCCAGCGCCUGACGCGGGGCCUGCUGCUUUGCCCUCGCCGCCCGCUCCGCGGGGUUAGCAGCCCAGUGUAUGGCCUUCAUUUCCCUGCGCUACAAUUACACACUACUAAAUCUACCAUGAAGUUCAGCCAGGAAGACUUUGAAAAGGCCAAAGAGCAGCUGAAGCUUUUGAAGACGGAUCCUGGCAACCAAGUCAAACUGAAUAUUUAUGCAUUGUUUAAACAGGCCACUGAAGGCCCCUGCAAAGCUCCCAAACCAGGUAUGCUAGACUUUGUCAAAAAGGCCAAAUGGGAUGCAUGGCAAUCACUUGGCAAUUUGCCACAGGACAGCGCAAGACAGAAAUACAUUGAACUUGUAUCCAGUUUGGUGUCUGCAGAAUCUUCUCAGGUUGACGCAACUCCCCCUGGCAGCAAAGCUGCCUAUGAAACACUAGAGGUUUCUACUAAAGACAACAUCACAAAGAUCGUGUUAAACCGCCCCAAGGUGAAAAAUGCUAUCAGCAGAACGAUGUACAGAGAAAUUAUUGAAGCGCUUGAGGAAGCAGCAAAGGAUGACUCUGUAAUUACGGUUUUCACAGGUAAUGGAGAUUACUACUGUAGUGGAAAUGACCUGAACAACUUUGCUAACAUCCCAGCAGAUGGAUUAGAGGAGAUGGCAAAGAAUGGUGCAGAGAUGCUCAAAGACUUUGUCGGCCAUUUCAUUGAUUUUCCUAAGCCAUUAAUCGCUGUGGUGAAUGGGCCAGCUGUGGGUAUUGCCGUAACUGUCCUUGGGCUGUUUGACAUGGUGUAUGCUACUGACAGGGCGACAUUUCACACCCCCUUCAGCAACCUGGGCCAGAGUCCGGAAGGAUGUUCCUCAUACACGUUUCCAAAAAUUAUGGGCGUAUCCAAGGCCACUGAGAUGCUGCUUUUCAACAAGAAGCUGACUGCAGCUGAAGCCUGUUCGCAAGGGCUUGUCACGGAGGUUUUCCCUGACCAGGUUUUCCAGAAGGAAGUGUGGGCACGGCUGAAAGCUUACGCAAGCCUUCCCAAAAAUAGUUUGACAGUCUCCAAGCAGUUGUUGCGAAGCACGGAAAAGGAGAAGCUCCAUGAAGUUAAUUCCCAAGAGUGCGAAUGUCUCAAAGGAAGAUGGCUGUCAGAUGAGUGCAUGAAUGCCAUAAUGAGCUUCUUACAGAAGUCCAAGCUCUGAUCUCUUGCCAACUGUGCAAAAAGGAAUGUCUGUAGCAUAGUUCUGUUCCUCUUACCAGAUGACUAAAUUUCAUUAAACGAAUCCUUUGAAUACA